UAUGACGAGGGAAAAAAACAAAUCCUCAUUUCAAAGCCUCAGAUCUGCUGUGAGUGUGAACCACAGAGUUGUUUUCUGUCUCGGUGCCGCUGCAGGUGCGUCUGAAGCAGCGGCCUGCUUUCCUCCAGUGGAAACUAAGCUUGUGAACUAGUUUUUGUAAACAUGAGUGACUCGCUGGAGAGGACAACAGACUGUCCCUUGUCGUCUCUCGGAGAUGAGUCCGGUCUGAGUGAGGAGAAGGAAAAUGCAACAGGCGCCGGCGAGCUUUGCUGGCAGGAUGGCGGUCUACCAGUGGAGCUGCAGAGAGGGAUGGAGACCAUGAGAGUGAACGGAGAGCUGACCGACGUGACCCUGAGUGUUCAGGGACACGACUUCCCCUGCCACAGAGCCAUUCUCGCUGCCGCCAGUCAAUAUUUCAGGGCCAUGUUCUGCAGCGGCCUAAGGGAAAGCCAUGAGAAGCGUGUGGAGAUGAAAGGGUUGGACAGCGGGACGAUGCACUCUCUCUUGGAGUACACGUACACCAGCCGAGCGCUCCUCACACACUCAAACGUCCAGAAAAUUCUCGAGGCCGCCAAUCAGUUUCAGUUCCUGCGAGUGGUGGACGCAUGCGCCAGCUUCCUGAGCAGGUCCAUUCAUCUGGAGAGCUGUGUGGGAAUCCUGAACCUGGCCGACAGCCACGCUCUUCCAGCCCUGAAGACACGAGCUCAGGACUUCAUCGCGUCUCAGUUCUCUCAGGUGCUCCAGCAGCAGGACUUCCUGGAGCUUCCAGCGGAGUCUCUGGAGGCCAUCCUGCAGAGGGAUGACCUGGAGGUGAAGUGUGAGGAGUGUGUUUUUGAAGCAGUGAUGCGCUGGUUGAGAGCCCGGCAGGAUCGAUCAUCGUUACUGGUCAGGCUGCUCUCACACGUGCGGCUGCCUCUGUUGGAGCCGGCAUAUUUUGUGGAGAAGGUGGAGUCAGACGAGCUGAUACGACACUGCAGUGAUGCCUUUUCUCUGCUGCAAGAGGCCCGCCUGUUCCACCUCUCUGGCAGGGAGGUGGUCUCUGAGCGGACCAAACCUCGUGAGCAGCACUUUUUAUCAGAAGUCUUCCUCAUCAUCGGCGGCUGCACCAAAGAUGAGCGUUUUGUUCCCACCGUCACAUGUCUGGACCCUCUGAGACGCAGCAGGCUGGAGGUGGCCCGGCUGCCGAUGACAGAGAUUGAGGACGAAACCCAUAGUAAAAAAUGGGUGGAGUUUUCUUGCAUCACUUUCCACAACGAAGUAUACAUAUCAGGAGGUAAAGAUACACAGCGUGACGUUUGGAAAUAUAACGGCGCUCUGGAUAAAUGGAUCCAAAUAGAGUCACUGGGAAACGCACGCUGGAGACACAAGAUGGCAGCUCAUGGUGGGAAGGUGUAUGCACUGGGAGGAUUUGAUGGAGUUCAAAGACUUUCCAGUGUGGAGGCGUAUGAUCCGUUUCACAACCGCUGGACGCAGGUGACUCCUCUUGCUAUGGGUGUGAGCUCGUUUGCAGCAGCAAGCUUUGACAGGUGGAUUUUUGUGAUUGGUGGAGGUCCCAAUGGAAAACUAGCCACUGAUAAAGUUCAGCGCUGGGAACCAGGGACAGACAGCUGGGAAAUGAGGGCUCCGAUCCCCAUUGAGACGAAAUGCACUAAUGCUGUAACCUUCAAGGACCGCAUCUAUAUAGUUGGUGGUGCCAUGCACGCCAUGUACUGCUACGCCCCCUUGUCCGACUCCUGGACCCUUGUGGCCCAGCUGGGGGAGAGGGCGAGCUGUGCCAUCGCCGCCUGCAACAAUAAAAUUUUUAUCACAGGGGGAAGAGAUAACAAGAACCAAGUCAUCUCCACAGUGAUGUGCUGGGACGUUGAGGGAGCGGUGUUGACGGAGGAGUGUGUUUUACCAAUGGGAGUGUCUCACCACGGCAGUGUGACCCUCAUGAAGUCCUACACACACAUUCUUAGGAUAACACCCCCAUCAGAGGGCCAAUGACACAGGCCUCUCUCAAAGAAAGACUAUUACAAGGAAUUUGCAUUUUUACAUGAACACUACGCACUUUAAAAUUUUGAUUUUUGUUGAACAAAACUUUUAGAAUUUUUGAAAAUUUUCUAAUUCAAAUUUUUAAUUUUAAUGUUUGAUCUGAUUUAAACUAAGAUGGUUCUAAAACAAAUGAAAAUAGACUAAAUCUACUCUUUUACUCAGCCGAAACUCUUUCAUUCUUCAGACACAAGAAAGAAGGUAAGAAUUUAGGUCAACGUUUGGUAUAUUUUCAAAAUAAAAGUAAAUCAUUUUUCAGACAGGAUGACGUGGUUUUCAAAUCCUUAACACACAUUUUAUGAAAAUGCAUUAUCAUGGUUUAUUAAUUUCCUCACCUUGUUGAAAUGCUAUAGUAAGUACGGGCCUAUAUUAUUUUUAAACAAGCAUUUCUUGAGCAAAACCAGAUUAGCAAAGAUAAUUAUUUACAAGGUGUGUACCUUUUAUUGUGAAAGGUAACUUUCCGGAUGCUCAGGUGUACAGGUGAGCUCCUAUCUUAAACUAACAGCAGCUCUUGCAGGUUGUUCCAUUCAGCUCAUGCUGUUUCAGCUCGAGUUCAGGGUCAGGACAUUUUAAUUAAAGACAAAAUCACCUUCUGACUUAUUUAUUUAGAAGAGAUGCUUUCUUUUUCUUUGACUUUCCGGUCCGUAACCUGACCUCUCCUUUAGUAAAUCAACAGUGUUUUUCCUGAAGUCACAAAGUGAAAGUUUAUUUAUAGAGACUCAAAAUGGCUCUUCGAUAUUUCUUUGCCUACUGUGUCUUUACCCUUUGUCAAGGUAAGUUUUAUUUUCCUGUGAAACGUUCAUUUAUAUAUUUAUUCUUUGACCUUUUUUGUAUACAACAGACACGCCCUAUUGAUUUAUUAACCUGUUACUACCAGGCUAUUACGUAAUAGUAGUUUAUGGAAUAAUGAAAUAACGAGUAAAGGUGACAGUAGGGUUAGAGACUGCUUUUUUCUGCAUGUUUGAUUCUAAAAUAAAAAUCUCCUUUAG